UUGAGUUGAAUUAGCCACUCCAGUUCAAAUACACACACACUGUAUCUAUAAUUCCCAAACUGAGGAUUUUGUUAAAGAAGAAGAAGCAACUUGAUGCCAAUUCUGGCAUCUGGGUUUUGUUAAAGUUCAUUUUUUGUGUAAUGGGUUGCAUUUACUCUAAGGUUUGCAUCGGUGACACUUGCAAGGGUUCUAGCGUCAAUGAAGACCCAAUUGUGAGAACGGGUACUGGUGAAGUUGUUCUUGCUGGUGAUUUCUCACCAUCUGGGUUUUCAGAUGCUCAAGAAGGUGAAACCAUAAACCAAUUGAACCAAUUAAGCUUGAAUAGAGACUCUGAAGCAGGCAUCAGAAGGCUCGCUAGGGUUUCAGCACAGUUUCUUCCACCAGAUGGUUCACGAAUCGUUAAGAUUCCUUCGAGUGACUAUGAAUUGCGAUAUUCGUUCUUGUCUCAGAGAGGUUACUACCCUGAUGCUCUUGAUAAGGCUAAUCAAGAUAGUUUCUGCAUUCACACUCCAUUUGGCAAUAGCCCUGAUGAUCAUUUCUUCGGGGUUUUCGAUGGCCAUGGAGAAUUCGGAGCGCAGUGUUCGCAGUUCGUGAAGCAGAAGCUGUGUGAGAAUUUGUUAAGGAAUUCCAAGUUUCGUUUGGAUGCUGUUGAGGCUUGUCACUCUGCGUUCUUGACAACGAAUUCGCAGUUGCAUGCUGAUGUUUUGGAUGAUAGCAUGAGUGGCACGACGGCGAUCACGGUGUUGGUCAGGGGGAAGACGAUAUACGUGGCGAAUUCCGGCGAUUCGAGGGCGGUGAUUGCGGAGAGGAGAGGGAAGGAUGUUGUGGCUGUUGAUUUGUCCAUUGAUCAUACACCUUUUAGGCCUGAUGAGCUUGAGAGGGUGAAGCUUUGUGGAGCUAGGGUUCUUACUUUGGAUCAGAUUGAAGGGUUGAAGGACCCUGAUGUUCAGUGUUGGGGCACUGAAGAAGGUGAUGAUGGUGACCCUCCUAGGUUGUGGGUCCCCAAUGGGAUGUACCCGGGUACUGCUUUUACAAGGAGCUUAGGUGAUUCUAUUGCUGAGACUAUUGGGGUUGUUGCUAACCCUGAGAUUGUUGUCUUUGAGCUCACACAGAAACACCCCUUCUUUGUUCUUGCUAGUGAUGGGGUGUUCGAGUUUCUGUCUAGCCAGACUGUGGUUGAAAUGGUUGCAAAAUUCAAAGAUCCUCGUGAUGCUUGUGCUGCCAUAGUGGCGGAAUCUUAUCGACUUUGGCUCCAGUAUGAAACUCGUACAGAUGAUAUUACAAUCAUCAUUGUGCAUAUAAAUGGGCUACCUGAACUUGCCGAUGGUCAGUCAGCAAGUUAUAAUGAUGUUUCACGAACCCCAGUGCCUCAAGUUGUAGAGGUGACAGGUUCAGAAUCUCCUUCCACCUUUGGCUGGAACUCUAGGAACCAUCGAGUAAGACAUGACUUGUCAAGGGCACGCCUCCGAGCAAUUGAAAAUUCCCUAGAGAAUGGGCAAGCUUGGGUUCCUCCAUCUUCAGCCCACAGGAAGACAUGGGAGGAAGAAGCACACAUAGAGCAGGCGUUGCAUGAUCAUUUCCUCUUCCGAAAACUUACUGAUUCUCAGGGUCAUGUUUUAUUGGAUUGCAUGCAAAGAGUUGAGGUCCAACCUGGGGAUAUUAUAGUCAAACAGGGUGGUGAAGGUGACUGUUUUUAUGUUGUUGGUAGUGGAGAAUUUGAAGUCUUGGCGACUCAGGAAGAAAAAGAUGGGGAGGUACCUAGGGUUUUGCAGCGCUAUACAGCUGAAAAACUAUCAUGCUUUGGAGAACUUGCUCUAAUGUACAAUAAACCACUCCAGGCUUCUGUACGUGCUGUAACAAAAGGAACACUCUGGGCUUUAAAGCGAGAAGAUUUUAGAGGGAUUUUAAUGUCAGAAUUCUCUAACUUAUCGUCCUUGAAGAUGCUUCGGUCUAUAGAUCUCCUCUCAAAAUUGUCAAUAUUACAACUGAGUCAGAUUUCUGACUCCCUUUCUGAAGUUUCCUUCUCAAGCGGGCAGACAAUAAUUGAUGAAAAUGAAGUCCUUGCAUUGUACAUUAUCCAGAAGGGACGAGUGAAAAUCACUUUCGAUUCUGAUUUAUUGACGAGUCCAAAUGCCUGCAGCCUCAAGCCUGACAUCCAAAAUGAGGAUGAUGAUUUGCAGAGCAGAAGAGAACUGUCAAUAGAGAAGCCUGAGGCAAGCUAUUUUGGUGAAUGGGCCCUUCUUGGUGAACAUAUUGGUUCCUUAAGUGCUGUUGCCGUUGGUGACGUUGUAUGUGCUUUACUAACAAAGGAAAAAUUUGAAUCAGUUAUUGGCUCCUUACCAAAGAUUUCUCAGGAAGAUCAGAAGUCGAUGGAUAAUUCCAAGGAGUUGGCUGGAAGUUUUGACUUUUCAUCCCUAGAUAAAGUCCAGUUCUCAGAUUUGGAGUGGAGAAAGACCCUAUAUUCCACUGACUGCUCUGAGAUUGGGCUUGCAAAUUUGAGAGACUCGGCAGAAAAUUUGCUUACUUUGAAGAGAUUUUCUAAGCCAAAGGUGAAAAAGCUAGGAAAGGAAUCACAAGUCUUGAAAGAGAGAGAUUUGAUUAAGGGUAUGAGCUGUUCAGCUUGUAUACCACAGGUUUUAUGCACUUUUGCUGACCGCAUAUAUGCUGGAAUACUGCUAAAUACACGUCUCGCUUGCCCUUUGUCUACCAUACUUUCAAGUCCUUUUGGUGAAUCAGCAGCGCAGUUUUGCGCUGCUUCUGUCAUUACUGCCUUAGAAGAUUUGCACAAGAAUGGUGUUCUCUACAGAGGUGUGUCACCUGAUGUUUUGAUGUUGGAGCAAACAGGACGGAUACAGCUGGUGGACUUCAGAUUUGGAAAGAAACUCUUUGGUGAAAGAACAUUCACAAUAUGUGGGAUGGCAGAUUCACUAGCUCCCGAGAUUAUUUUGGGAAAAGGCCAUGGUUUCCCCGCUGACUGGUGGGCGUUGGGAGUUUUAAUAUAUUUUAUGUUAAGGGGUGAGAUGCCAUUUGGAUCAUGGAGAGAAAAUGAACUUGAUACAGUUGCCAAAAUUGCAAAACGGAAGCUAAAUAUUCCAGAAACUUUCAGCCCUGAAGCUGUUGAUCUCAUCUCCAAGUUACUUGAAGUGGAUGAAAACACUAGACUUGGUAGCCAAGGUACUGAUUCUGUCAAGAGUCACCCAUGGUUUAAUGGAGUUGAAUGGGAAGGGAUUAGACACCACACAUUUCCUGUUCCUCAGGAAAUUAUUUCUCGUAUAACACAACACUUAGAAGUUCAUUCUGAGGAUUGUACUAGUGGUUCUCUGGGGUCCCCAUUACAUGAUGAGUUAGAAGAACUUAACGUGCCUGAAUGGCUUGAGGACUGGUAGAAGAAUUGAGUGUUAGCUUUGUCAACUUUUUGAAGUUUGGCUCUACACCAAUAUAUAUUUUACCUUUGCUUAUUUUGGACAAUUGCAAUCCAAGGUUGCAAUUAACCAAAAAAUGCAAAGAGAGCAAUAGAUCCAGAAUAUUCCCCGUAAUUCAAUCUUUUAGUAGCUGAAUGGAUAGGUUAGGUUUCUUUUUGGUAAUUACUCCUUUGUAAAUAUUAAAUAUAUGUACAUGAUUGAAUUUGUUUUUUGAAAUUCAUGCAAUUUAGAUUU